UGGUUGGGCCACUCAAUCUCUCUCUCUCUGCUUCUGACCGGACCAAGAACGACAAGAGCGCGCUCUCUCUCUCUCUGUGUUAUCCUUACACUCAGCUGUCAGCUCCAAGCAAGAGCCUAAGCUAACCAACAAAUCCAUUCGACCCACAUAAGGAUUUGAUCUUUAGCUUCUUCCCAAGAAUGGCGCUGGUCCCAUCCGACCCAAUUAGCAACGGAAGCGGAGGAGGCCCGCUUUUUGCAGAGGUCAACAUGGUGGCCGACCCUUCCGCCCCCGCCACCGUCCGGGCCACCGUCGUCCAGGCCUCCACCGUCUUCUACGACACGCCCGCCACCCUCGACAAGGCGGAGAGGCUGCUCGCCGAGGCGGCUUCCUACGGCUCCCAGCUGGUCGUGUUCCCGGAAGCGUUCAUCGGAGGGUACCCCCGUGGCUCCAACUUCGGGGUCACUAUAGGGAACCGGACGGCCAAGGGCAGGGAGGAGUUCCGCAAGUAUCACGCUUCCGCCAUUGAUGUGCCCGGGCCAGAAGUUGAGAGAUUGGCGGCAAUGGCAGGAAAGUAUAAGGUGUAUCUUGUGAUGGGUGUGAUCGAGAGAGAUGGAUACACACUUUAUUGUACUGUUCUGUUCUUUGAUUCUCAAGGCCGAUACCUCGGGAAGCACCGGAAAAUCAUGCCAACUGCACUGGAGCGCGUGAUCUGGGGAUUUGGCGAUGGGUCCACCAUUCCAGUGUUUGAGACACCGAUUGGGAAAAUAGGUGCUGCCAUUUGCUGGGAAAACAGGAUGCCACUUCUGAGAACAGCAAUGUAUGCGAAAGGUAUUGAAAUAUAUUGUGCACCGACAGCUGAUGCUCGCGAUGUCUGGCAAGCAUCUAUGACCCACAUUGCCCUUGAGGGUGGAUGUUUUGUUUUAUCAGCCAACCAAUUCUGUCGUCGCAAGGAUUACCCUCCUCCACCAGAAUAUAUGUUCACAGGGACCGAAGGUGAUCUUAACCCAGAAUCGGUUGUGUGUGCUGGAGGAAGCGUUAUCAUCUCUCCAACGGGAACCAUCUUGGCAGGGCCCAACUAUGACGGAGAGGCACUUAUCUCGGCAGACCUUGAUCUCGGAGAGAUAGCGAGGGCAAAGUUCGACUUUGAUGUUGUGGGCCAUUAUUCAAGGCCAGAGGUGCUCAGCCUAGUUGUCCAGGACAGCCCAACCAACCCGGUCACUUUCACGUCCUCGUCCGCUAAUCCAGAAGCCUCUCACAGAUAGCCUACUGAUCCAUGUGAUCGCCAAUUGUAAUUACGCAGCUCGUUGAUAUGAUUGGAGAAUCCAGAUGAGAAUGUGGGUUUGAAAGUACUGUUGUAUAGAAAUGAGGUGUUUGCAGAUAAUUAUCAAUGUGGCUGCAAAGAUUUCCUGCCAAUGUAUCUGUAGUUUCAAUGAAACAUGUCUGUCUUUAAGUAACAAUAAUACUCUCAUGGUAGUUUACUUAAUUCU